ACGAGUAUAUGAACAAAAAUGUUUUGGUUAGUCGUAGUAAUAUUUGCGACUAAUAUUAUUUACGAGAAUGCAGUGCCGGUGGCCGCGGUAAUCGACGAUCCAUCAUUCGACCAUCACAGCGGCUCAGCCGAAGACCGUUCGUAUUUGAAAUACCUGGAAAAACAACUGGAAAAAAUAAUGGAGAACACGUCCACAGGUCGGACGGCCGUCGUCAGCACGCUUGAUGCGGCGCCGGGAGCCGUGCCACGGAGGUCCAGUCUGUUUUCCGACGGCUUUUUCAUCCAUUACCGCCAGCCGUGUACUAUUGAAAAAAAGCCCGCGGCUCGCCGUCGCGUCACGCAACGCCCGAAAAACGCGACCAUCGACGACAGCAAGUCGUCCACUACUGCCAGCGCCGCGCCAAUCCUUUUCGUCACCAAUGGCGAGUGCGAGUCGGCCAAUCCGGGACGGGCGUGCGUAUGUCGCAUGACCGAUCUUCUGGAUUUGGUCGUGCAACGAUUGGACGAGGCGGUGAUGUCGGCGGACGACGACGAAGACGGCCGUGGCGAGACGGCCGCGUUGAGUUGUCGGUCGUUCAGGCCCGUCCCGGCGAAGUUUGUGGUAUAUCCCGCCACGGCGGCGACCGACGGCGACGGGACGACUGCAUCUGCUACCGAUGCCACCGUCGCCGCGGUCCCGGCUGACGCGGCGGUGGUCGAGCGAAAAGUCGGUAAAACAGGUGGCCGUCGGAGCCAAGCCCGAGUCCGUGGUCGGAUCCAGGCCGAAGUCUGUCUGAGUCGAGUUCGCAGUGGCGUCGGCGCUGUCGAGGACGCCGUGAAAGCAACUCCCAUGUGGAAACAAAUUGAUUUCAAUGACGUGCUCAACUACCGACUGGAAAGGUCUUCGAUAGACGCUAAGGGCGAUCACUACGCAGUGCAAUAUGGCCUGGUCGGAAGCGACGUCAAAGUCCAAUGUGUGAUUAGCAAUGACGGAACAAAAAUGAAUUCGUUCAAAUGGGACUUUAAACUGGGCAAACAUAAAACUAAUUCUACAGUCACCGGCACAGAUAUGAAUAUUUUAUUGAUAUUGGGCAUGGAACCAGGAGAUAGUAAAAAUUACACUUGUAUAGCAACAACAGAUGUGGUCGGAAAUUCUAAAAAUGGCUCUUCCUACAAGCACUACGUUAUAGCCGUUGAAAAAGCCAUUUAUGAGAUCCGCGGUUCAGCGGUUUACAAGACUCGUGAUGGCGGCGGUUGUACGCACGAACUAACAGUUCACGUACAAAAACAAUUACCAAGUUCCAUGCGUACCGAAUUGUGUUCUGAGGGAUCGUCGCGGUACGCAUGCAACGUUAUCAUGGAAAAACCAAAGUGUGCCGAAGACGAAAGAACGAUGGAAAUAAAAUAUUUGGUAACGUUAAACGACAAAUCCAAUUAUUUGGCUCAGAUAAGAACUAACAAGAAAGGUCGAAUCGCACUGCGCUACCAAAAAUUAUUGGCGAAAAUAUCAAGUGUUAUAAGUUCAAACCUUAACAAAACGAUGACGGUUCCAAUAAUGUCCAAGUUGUCGUUGAUCGAAACAAAUUUUGAACCUGACCGCAUGAGUACAAAAAAUUUCGUUUCUUGUUCAUCGGGUUUCGGCAUUCGGGAGGUGUUUUGUGCUGCUUGUCCGCCACAUCAUUACAGUCCGGAUAAAUCCAUCGAAUGUUUUAAAUGUGCCAAAGGUUUUCGUCAGCCGGUCGCUGGAUCGGAUAAAUGCGUCAAGUGUACAAAUAUUUUUUCCAGUGGCUGUUAUAUGAAUGAAGUUUCACCAACUGUGUAUUAUGUCACAUAUUUAAUUUUUUUUUUGGUUCUUUUAUUUAUGGCGUGUUUCUGUGCGUUUUAUGGCCGUGAAAAGAACGAACAAAGCAUAAAGAUAAUGCCGAGGAAAAUUAAGAAAAUAUUUAAAAAAAAAAAUAAGUACAGUUUGCUUACCCAGAUGGAAGAUACAGCAGAUAGUGGCAGCGUUUUAAGUAAAAGCUAUGGUAAACUAAAAAACUUAUUAAAGUUUAAGAAAAAGUCAAAAUCUGAAAUAAUCAAUUCAAAAAUAAAAUUCAAUUACAUACACAAAAAUUUUGGUCAACAAAUUCAGAAUAAUAAUGUUACUGAAGAAAAUAGUACGACUAAUUAA